AACAAUGAACAACGACAAUACCCGCUGCCACACUCGCCGGAACCUUCCACUCAGGGUUCUUGCUCCGGUCGGAAGGAUUUUCCGGACACAGUCGGGUGGUGUGUGCGCCGUGAGCCGGGCCCGGGGACGGGGCGAUGGGCAAGAAGAAGGACGGCGGCGGCGGGCUGGGCCGGGCCAUCAUCCGGGACAAGAACCAGUCGGCCAGGAACCCGAGGAAGGCCAACAGCUGGCUUCACACAAGUGAACUGAAUGAUGGUUAUAACUGGGGACGGCUCAACUUGCAGUCUGUUACAGAACAAAGCACUCUAGAUGAAUUCCUGGCUACUGCAGAACUGGCAGGCACAGAGUUUGUAGCAGAGAAGCUUAAUAUCAAGAUUAUUUCUGCUGAAGACCGAACUGGUUUGCUAACAGUGGAAGAAAACAAAAAGAUCAAGAAACUCCAAGAAGAGAACAAACAGUUUCUGUGCAUACCCAGGAGACCUCAUUGGGAUGAGAAUACAGCAGCUGAAGAACUGGAAAAGGCAGAAAGGGAAAGUUUCUUAGAAUGGAGAAGACAAUUGGCUCAGCUGGAAGAGGAAAGAAACCUGAUACUUACACCAUUUGAAAGGAAUCUGGAUUUCUGGCGUCAGCUGUGGAGAGUUAUUGAAAGAAGUGACAUCAUUGUUCAGAUUGUCGAUGCUAGAAACCCACUGCUUUUCCGGUGUGAAGAUUUGGAGCGAUAUGUAAAGGAGGUCCAGAAGGAUAAAGUCAACAUGGUACUCCUGAAUAAAGCUGACUUGCUGACCCGUGUACAGAGGAGAGCAUGGGCCAGGUAUUUUGCUGAGGAAGGUAUCCAGGUGGUUUUCUGGUCAGCCACAGCAGAAGCAAAAAGGCUGGACGCUGAAGCAAAGGGAGAAGAGCAAAGAAGUGAAGAGAGUGAAGGUGAAAGUGAUAGUGAUAAAGCUCAAGAGGACAUGAGGCCUCCAGAUGAAGGUGACAGUAGUCAAUAUGAAGAUUGUGAAGGUGAUGAACUUUGGGAGACAUGCUCAGAAGAUGAGAAGGAAAACAUAAACCAAUCUGAUACUGGUCGUCCGUUGGGCACUAAAAUAAAUCAUACCUCUAGUGUGGACUGCACCAAUGAUAAUGACGGGACUGCAUAUGCUUCAAGCUCGAGUUCAACACAGUUUACAAAAAAACAUAUCAAGAACUCAAGCCGUUUGAUGCAGCGAAAUGAACUGCUGGAGAUUUUUAAAACUUUACACAAAGGAAAACGUGUGAAAGAUGUUGAAAUCACAGUUGGCUUAGUGGGCUAUCCAAAUGUAGGAAAAAGUACCACAAUAAAUACUAUCUUUCAAAAUAAGAAAGUUUCAGUGUCUGCGACUCCAGGUCACACAAAACAUUUUCAGACGCUGUAUGUAGAGACUGGUUUAUGCUUAUGUGACUGUCCAGGCCUUGUGAUGCCAUCCUUCGUGUCCACCAAAGCAGAAAUGGUCUGCAGUGGGAUUUUACCCAUAGAUCAGAUGAGAGACCAUGUCCCACCUGUCUCUCUUGUCUGCCAGCAUAUUCCCAGACAUGUUUUAGAAGCUACAUAUGGAAUUAAUAUUGUCAGACCCAGAGAGGACGAAGAUCCAAAUAGGCAACCUACUUGUGAAGAGUUAUUAACGGCCUAUGGAUGCAUGAGAGGUUUUAUGACAGCACACGGACAACCAGACCAGCCUAGGACAGCUAGAUACAUUUUGAAAGAUUAUGUAACCGGCAAGUUGUUGUACUGCCAUCCUCCACCUGGUAUUGAUCCUGCCCAUUUCCAAAACCAUCACGCUACAUUUAAAGAAGAUGUCAUUACAUGUGACAAAAAUAGCACAAAGCUCAAAGGGAAGCAAAAUAAAGUAAAGAGAAUUGAAAAUGAUGUGGACAAAAACUUCUUUCAUCAGGAGAAUGUUCGAGCUUUGACAAAAGGAGCUCAAGCAGCAAUGGGAUUCAAGUUUGGCACUGAAGCAACACCAGUGAAUGGAGUGGCAGGAAAACCUUGGAAAAAGCAUGGCAACAAGAAUAAGAAGGAAAAAAUAAGGAGACUUUGCAAGCAUCUGGAUGAGUGAACUUGAUAUCAUCAAUUGUUGGGUAUUUGCCGUAGUUAUUUGAACAUAAUAUUGGCAAUAAACGAUGGGAUAAUAAGCAGCAAAUCAGACAGUGUUAUGACUAAUGGUUUCAUUGGGCAUUAAAUACAUGCUGAAUAAUAAAAGACACCAAAUUUAUUCUGUUCAGAUCAACUAAUUAGCUGCAGUUCAAUUAAAAUUUACAGUUCAUCUUGUAUGUAGAACUUAUUGUAAUAACAAUAAUUUCUAAAGAUGUGAAUUUGAUAAUAAAAGAAUACGAGGUAAAUAGAUGUGCACCAAUUGUCCUUUACUGAUGGAGGAGACAGUAAAAAUUCUUUUGA